AUGCUCAAUGUCAAUUACGGGUCUCGCACAAAUCAAAUCAGAGUUUCUUGUGCUCUCUUAUCUCCUGUUUUGUAUAAAUUCAGUCCAAGUCAAGCGUAUCAACCACACUCAUUCACAAACAAAGCAGUUCACAAAUCGACUUCCACCACCACUGAAACCCCCAACCUCUCCUUCGUCGCGAAGGACCUCGACGUCGCUAAAUGGAAGGGCGACCUUCUUGCCGUCGCCGUCACGGAGAACGACGUCGCCAGAAACAGCGACUCGCCAUUCGAGAACCACAUCCUCAACUCGCUCGACUCCAAACUGAACGGUCUCUUGGCUGAAGCCUCUUCCGAAGAGGAUUUCACCGGAAAAUCCGGCCAGUCCACGGUUCUCAGAAACGCCGCCGGGCUUGGAUCUAAGAGACUAGCCUUGGUUGGUCUCGGCAAGUCCGCUUCUGGUUCUGCUCCGUUUAAAAGCCUCGACCGGGCAGUUGCCGCCGCUGCUAAGUCCGCUCAGGCCGCACAUGUCGCUGUUGUUCUCGCCUCUUCUCAAGGAUUCUCUGCUUAG